AUGCGGGAACGAAGAGUCAUCGUUGCCACUUUCAAAUCGGAACCGCGGAGACGGGCGGCCCCCGAAAUCGGCUCACUUCCCGGGGCGACUAUGGGCGGUGUGGUGUCAGAGCAGUUCUCCGGGACCUGGUGUCAGUCGGCCCACUCGCGGUGGCAUGGACGACCGUUCGGCGGCGGACGGUCGCGUCGGUGGCGGCGGACGCUGGCCCUCCGAGCACUGCGAGCGAGCUACGCGGCCGCGCGCCGCGGUGGAGCUCACAAAUUGAUUGCAUCCGGCACAAGGGAAAUAAUGAAGCCGCUGCCCGGUUUUCCGCGACAGUACCGCCGCAGCGAGUGGGCGCCCGAGCGGCCGCGUGCGCCACUUUACAGCAGGAAGUCUGUACAUUACCUUAUUAUAUCCGACAAAAAGUGCCAUCCGCCGACAAACCCGUCCGCC